ACACACACACACACACACACACAGCGAGAAAGAGAGAGAGAGAGAGAGAGGGGGGCAUCUCUCCCUGCCGAUCCACACAGCUGCGUUGGGAGUAGGCAGACCGGUCAACAGAAGCUGUAAUAAACAAGCACGCACAUAUAAAUGUUCUCGCACUUGAAAUGCAAGACAGCUAAUUUCGGAGUCACAGUUAUCGCACUCUAACAGAAAUCGGGAGAUGGACGGACGUGUAAGAAUAACAGCGACAGUAUCUGAGGAAAUAAGUAGAUUAUUUCUUUUUUAAGCGAACAGAAAAGCAAAACAGUUUUCGCAGUGAUGACAAAGAAUAAAUAAUUUAAGUCUUCUUGAGAAGAGACAGGAGCUAUGGCAUUUCGGAAGGCACUACAUUUGACUUGCUAUUCAGAUAUCUUCGGAAAUAAAAGAGGACUUCGGUGUGUGCGUUACUGCGAUCGGGCGGUAAGGCACACAGUUUGACAGUCAUAAUUCUCUCUCCACAGGACAAAGACAGUCAUAGUCUGCACAUCAAGCAAUACAGAUCAAUGAGGAAUGCGGGAGUGAUUUGUGGUCCUAUCCAGACGGAGUUAAUGAAGCCCUCGGCGGUAGCAUGCGUCUCCACGAUCCCAGCGCGCAGUCCUUGCGGCUUGUCUUUCUGCUGAUCUUUGUGAUGGGGGUGGCACCCUCCCCGGUUCUCACCGCGGGCUGCCCGGACAGAUGCGUGUGCGACGAACAGCUCGUGGUCCAGUGCUCCGGGCAACACCUGACUGAGUUUCCCCUCAGCCUACCGCUAGCCACCCGCCAGCUCAUCAUCUCCAACAAUCUCAUUAGGGAGCUUCCAGCGCUGGAGCUCAACUACUUGUCCGACUUAGUGUACCUGGACUGCAGCAACAACUCCCUCACCGAGAUCUUAGAAUCCACCUUUGGGAACCUCCGGAAGCUUGCAUUCCUAGACCUGUCCUUUAACGCGCUGACGGUGGUAGACGACAGGACUUUCAGUGCGUUGGUCGGCCUGGUGAUGCUGAGGUUGACGGACAACCCUGGUCUGUCGGAGGUUCACCCGGAAGCCUUCGCGGAGAACACGGGGCUGCAGGUGGUGGACAUCAGCAGGAACAACCUGACCCUCCUGAACAUCACCUCCUACAUCACCAUGCCUGCCCUUCGCACCCUGGGCCUGAGCGGCAACCCGUGGAGCUGCGACUGCGAUAACGAAGACCUCUGCCUUUGGAUGCAACUCGAGCCAUUCAGGUUUCAAGACCAGGGUGUGACUCUAUGCCAAAGCCCCCAGGACAUGGUGGGGCUGCGACUGGCAGAUGUGGGCUACCAGCUGCGUGAAGACUGCCACCCGGGGCUCGACUACUGGGACUACGUGUUCCUCGCCGCCGUGGGCAUCGCCAUCUUCUCAGCUGGCACCAUCUCCGCCUGGGUCAUGGGAGUGUUGAUGGUGCUCUAUGAGCGUUACUUCGAGAAGAAGGACGACGAAGAAGAGGAUGAAGCGGAAGACUUUGGGGGAGGUGGCUCUCGAAAUGGGGACAUCAAGCCCGGCAAGAACGUUUGACAGC